AUGUUCUUACAUUUCUCAGCUGGUAGAGCAUCCGUUAGAAACGGCGCGCAGGGGUUCGAGUCCCCUAUUUCGCAUUGUCAUGGGCAGACUUGGCCGGAACUUGAAGGCGCCAUCGACUAUUCGGAAUGGGAUCUGCAUAUCCCGGACGCCCAAUUCUUCGAGUCAGUUUCUUCGUCCCUUAAUUCGGAAUGGCUGCCAGAACUAGAUGACGGGAUCUACAGUCAACCUUCGCGAGCGACGCCUCCGCCUCGUUCAACCAAAAACACCUUUUACUACAACCUCCUGACCACUCCAGAGAGCUCCAACAGCGAAUCUCUUUUAUUGCCAGCCGAUAACUCCUUGAUUCUUCGACCCUUAGCUGUUCCCAUCGAGCAACCCCAAUUUAUUGCCAUUCCUAGUGAUCCAUUUGUGGAGGACGGUCUUCUGGGCCCCAUUGCAGACGACAAUAGAUUUGAAAACAUCAACCAAUGCACUAGAUACAGGCUUCAACCUCAAUUCUUUCCUAUUGCACCGAUCCGUGGAUCUGACUGGGACUUUAUAUCUCCUUUUCCAACGGUCAAUAACGACGAUCCUAUCCCUGCUGCACAGCAACAGCCUCCUUCGUGCUAUAUAUGCUCCGACCAACCAACCUUUACACGCCACUCUGAUCUCGUUCGCCACCAAGCCUCUGUUCACGACAUUAGCCAAGGCCUCCACCUCUGUCCCGUCCUAGGAUGCCCAAAAGGCCAAGGCAGGAGCUACUCGCGCGCGGACAAGUUGACGGAGCAUAUGUGGAAGAAGCACGCUGACUUGGGAUAUGCAAAGAGAUCCUAG